UGAGUCCUGAGAAGCCGGCGGACACCGGAGGAGUCUGAUUUCCUUUCACAUCACACAGGAAUCUCGCCGCAACACGAGACCAACAAACCCCGAGACCUUAUCCUCAUCAUCACCACCACCACCAUGUCGGUACCGCAGGCUCGCGAGGCAGCAUCCUCUCUUCAAUUAUGCAGAAUCAUGAGGCCAAACGAUGCAAACAUCGUGGGCAAUGUCCACGGCGGUAUCAUCCUCAAGAUGAUCGAAGAAGCCGGAUGCAUUGUUGGCACAAGGCACUGCAACACACAGAAUGGGGACCGCUGCUUGGCAGCUCUGGUUCGGGUGGAGAAAACAGAGUUCCUGUCCCCUGUGUUCAUUGGCGAGGUGGCCCACGUCACCGCUGAGAUCACUUACACCUCCAAGCACUCACUAGAGGUGCAGGUCAAAGUCAUGGCUGAGAACAUCCUCACAGGUGCCAAAAAGCUGGCCAACAAGGCAGCGCUGUGGUACGUCCCCUGCUCUCUGCAGAAUGUCGACAAGAUCAUGGAGGUGCCGCCCGUCAAGUAUGCCAGUGCAGAGGAAGAGGAAGAGGGCAGAAAGCGCUAUGAGGCUCAGAAGAUAGAGAGACUGGAGACCAAAGCGAGAAUUGAAGAGAUGGUGCCAUCUCCGCCCAACCCAGAAGAUCCACCAAAGGAACAACACACUGUUGGCUUCAGCCAAUCCAGUCUGAUCCAUUUGGUGGGCCCCUCUGACUGCACACUGCACAGCUAUGUUCACGGAGGUGUGACCAUGAAGCUGAUGGAUGAGGUCGCCGGCAUUGUGGCAGCUCGGCACUGCAACACUAACAUUGUCACUGCCUCUGUGGAUGCCAUCAACUUCCAUCGCAAGAUCAAGAAAGGUUGUGUGGUGACGGUGACGGGGCGGCUCACUUUUGUCAGUAACAAAUCUAUGGAAAUUGAAGUGUUGGUAGAUGCUACCUCGCUGGUGGAGACAGAGAAGGGGAAAUAUCGCGCUGUCUCUGCCUUCUUCACCUUCAUCUCCCUGGACAAGGACAACAAGCCUCUGCCAGUCCCUCCUCUUAAGAUUGAUGGAGAGGAGGAGCAGAGGCGUUUCGAGGCGGGUAAAGCACGUUACCUCCAGAAUAAAGCAAAGAGACUCGCAGAGAAGGUGCGCCAGCAGUGACGCCGCUGCUCACCAGAAUUAAACGCCUGCAGUAACAGUAUAUCUACCCCACACACAUACAGUAUGAAGGGAACGAAAAAACCCUUUCCUUUUCUUUAAUUGUAGCCUCCUGUUAAACCUAAACCUGUGAUUAUUUCUUCCUGUGCUACACACCAAAGUGUUCACAUAUGGCUAUAUAUGUAUGUAAGAGUACAUUUUUAUUGAUGUAUGAAGACUACUCAUGAUCACUGUCAGUGCAAAGUGACAGUCUGACUGUAUGUUGAAGUUAGAGUUCUAUUUUAUUUUUUUUAAGUAAUUUUAAGUAUGAAGACUUCAUGAUCUGUGUCAGUGUAAAGCGAUAGUCUGAGCACAAGGAAAAUGAUGAAUAAGUGAGUGAAUAAUAAUGAAUAAAAGAUCCAAGUGUGA